GGGCGGGGCUUAGCUUAUUUGAACCCGCAUUGAAAACAAAUCGUGAUUUUUACCUGAGGAGACAAGAUGUGUGAUCUUAAUGAUGUUUAUUUUAAAACACCACAUGAAUAGAAAUGGUGUAAACAAUUUUAAUGUAUCACCCUAUCUGUAUGGAUUUUAAAACAUAGAAAUUGAUUUGGAUUUUAUAUAUUAUUUAAUCCCGCCUUCGAAAGAGAAACUAGCGAAUCGCACUGUGAAAGGGACGAGUUUUGAGGGUUUAUUUUAGUUGCACGUGAAAACCCGCUAGAUGAGGGAACGCAAUGGGUGUAAUAUUCUACAUGGCAACUUUGUAGGAUUUUAAUCGGGAUUUUUUAAUUACUUAGUGUGAUUUCUGUCUUGUGUGUUUGUUUUUAUCAUGGCUAAUAUUGGAGAUUCUUUGGUGAAGGAGGAUGAGAGACCGAUAUUAGACACGGGGGUCAUCCCAAAAACUUAUAACACGAGUCCACCCCUUGCACACCAAGUUUCAGCAGGAAAACCAUGCUCAAACUGUCGAGAAUUAUGUCCAGGCUUCGAACUUCAUUUUUGGAGAAAAAUUUGCAAGCAUUGUAAAUGUGCCCCAGAAGCCCAUGAUAUGACCAGUCAAAGUGACCAUGACAGGAGUCUGACCCGGCUAAAUCACGACCCCAAGAGGAACUCCACCUCUGACGAUGACAGUGGCUGCCCGCUGGAGGAGUACGCCUGGGUACCACCCGGACUUAAGCCAGAACAGGUUCACCAGUAUUUUUCCUCCCUGCCAGAAGACAAGGUGCCAUUUCUGAACAGUGUGGGUGAGAAGUACCGAGUCCGUCAGCUACUGCAGCAGUUACCUCCCCAUGACAAUGAGGUCCGGUACUGUAACACCCUCACAGAAGAAGAAAAGAGGGAGCUACGGAUGUUUAGUGUGCAGAGGAAACGGGAGGCCCUGGGAAGGGGCAGUGUCAGACCCUUACCCCUUACCAUGCAGGGGGUCAUUUGCUCCAAGUGUCAGCAAAUGAUUUCUGGUGGGUCCAUGGCUGUUUUUGCCACCAGAGCGGGGCAUGACAAAAUCUGGCACCCCUCAUGUUUCACCUGUAUGACCUGUGACGAGCUUCUGGUGGACCUGAUUUACUUCUUCAAGGACGAGUUUCUGUACUGUGGACGACAUCAUGCUGAGCUGAUAAAGCCACGCUGUGGAGCCUGUGAUGAGAUAAUUUUUGCUGACGAGUGCACAGAGGCAGAGGGUAGAAGCUGGCAUAUGAAACAUUUCUGUUGUUUUGAGUGUGAUAGACAAUUAGGCGGUCAGAGAUACAUCAUGAAGGAGGGUCGGCCAUACUGCUGUGUGUGUUUUGAGCGGAUGUACGCAGAAUACUGUGACACUUGUGGUGAACAUAUAGGAGUGGAUCAAGGACAAAUGACCCACGAAGGUCAACACUGGCAUGCUACUGAACGUUGCUUUAAGUGUCAUACUUGUCAAAAGUCUUUGCUUGGACAACCAUUUCUACCCAAGCACGGUGUGAUUUAUUGUUCUGCCGCCUGCAGUCGAGCGGCUUCCAUGCAAACACAAACACCUAGGAGACCAGAAGAUUACGUUCAUGAUAUAAAUAGUAUGAGAUUAGGUUCUCCCGUAAGUCACGCAUUACAGGAACAAGGAACCAUGGGAAUGCAGGAAGCAUUACGACAACAGUAUUCACUAUCGGACAGUCUGCCAUCAUCAGAGCGUGACCAAGGUUACGCUACGAGUAGCAAUAGCGAGGUGUAUGCACCAGGCAUGUACGACACUUCGCGAUCUCAAAAUUCUCAAGGUCAGUGUAGUGCGAAUUACGAACUGAACGUGGAUAGUCUUGUUGACGCUCUUCCUAUUCCACAUGAAGCCAAACUCAAAAAGAGGCUCUCCCAGUUCUCCAUGCCAGAUCUUUCAAAGGAUCCUCAGUCUAGUCCCAUAGAGGAAAGUGGAAAAAUGAACUCUCAAAGCAGGAGUCGGUCGGGAUCAGAGAAAAAUUUAAAUUCUCGAUAUCACGAAUAUGAGGAGUUACCAUGCAUGUAUGAUGUGCCAAAUAGAAGUAUGAAGCGUACGAAUAAAUCACAGCAAUCACAGGAAUAUCGUUCUAUUAGACCUGUGGAUCGCGUGUUAGGAAAUGGAAAUCCAGAGUCUGCGAGAUCGUUUCCAGAGUUACGAUAUAACUGUGUGAAUACUUCACCGCAAAAUGUACCAGCACCACAACAAAAUGGACGAUUAAAUACUUCACCCCAAAAUGUAAACAAUGGUUUACCUCCAUUACCAGACAAUGUGAGAAUGAAUCCCAUAAAUAGACCACCCUCGGGAAGAGUUCCUCUUCAAGUGUCGGACUAUCCCAGAAGCCAAAGUUUUGAAGGUCGGCCUUCAGAGAGGGCACACAGUCGUCGUCAUGGCAGGCGUAGAGGUGAUAGAAUAUCCAGGCGUGACCCAGGUCAAGGUCACUGGUCUGAUUCAAACAAUUAUCGUGACGAUGAUGAUUAUUGUAGCACUUGCUCUAGUUCUAGUGAUUCGGACGAUUAUUACUAUGACGAAAGAGGCCUGGGCACCAGAAUAUCGUAUGUUGACGAUAUGAGUAUCUCACUGGGAGCUAAUAGUGCAAUGCGACAGAGGAUGACGGGUCGACACAGAGUGAAACAGAAGCAAUGUGUAAUAUCCUAACACUGUACAUAGUGACCAGUCUAUGUUAUUUAUUUGUUUGUGCAACAAAUCUGGUACCAAGCUUGACAAACUUGUUAACUGCCUCAGUGUAAAUCUGUUUAAAGCUCUUGACAAUCAUUAAUUAUGAUAUUUCAUGUGAAAUCAUUUAAAUUCUGUGUUCAGAAAGUGAUUUUUUGUGUGCACUUUAUAAGGGCCUGGUACCAGUUUAGUUUUUCCACUGUUGAGAACCAGUCUAGUGCUGUAUUGUUAUAUUCCAUGUUGUGUUAUAAUUAUUGUCAAUGUUGAUCAGUCUGUGUAGUUUAUAUAUAAAUAUGUACCUGUAUGUCUGUCUGUGUGUGGAGUCUGCAGAUAAAUAAGUGAUUCUACCCAGUAUUUAUAUUCAGCUGUCAAUCCGAGGUCAAAGGUUGUGAUUGGGUGUGGUCAUGUAAUAUAUUGACCAGUGAUACUUUUAUUUAUUCUCUUAAGUAACUUACUCAGUUUUCCUAUAGGACUAAUGUUUAUAAUGUAGGUAUGAUUAGUUCCUUGUCGUAAAUGGCUGGCACCUUAUUGUAAACUGACAUCUUGUUAACAGAGGCCUUCCAGUUUCUAUUUAUUAAGUUGAUAUAUGAUAUUGGUUUAGAAUAUCAUGGUUCUUUACAUCUGUACUUGUAUUUGGUUGCUGAAAUUUUUUAUAAUGUCCUUACAUGAAGACAGAUAAUUUUUAUUUGUUCACAUUUUAAUCUUGGUAGGAUUUAGGAUUUGUUAUACUUUUUUAAAAAUUUUCAAGGAGCAAUACUACAAUUAUCUUGUUGAUAUGUGAUAUUCAGUUUGAGAAAUUGGCAGCCAUUUUAAAUCUGUGUUCCAUUUUUUAAAAGCAUUUGGUGGCACAAACUGCAACUACAAAAGUACAUUCUAUUCAAAAUCGUUCUUAGAUAUUUAAUCUGUUGAUAGAAUAGUGAAAUCAUGAAAAAAAUGGGGGGGAGGCAGUUGAUGUUAUUUGGGACAGUAGGAAAUAUUUGCACAUGUAUGUAACAUGUCCAAUUUUUUUUCAAUAAAUGCAUAUGAUUUUUAGAUCUGGAAUUCCUGAAAUAGUUUAAUUUGAAUAUUAUGUCUGCUAAAAAUAUAAGAGUACAUGAAAGAAAGAACAGAUUUCUUUAUUAAUAAUUUUGUUUUUGCAGUACAUUUACUAUCUGAAUUUGUGUCACCAAUUGUCAAUUCAUGCAAUGCUUUGUGCCUUUUAUAUGUUUGUUCAAGUUUAUUUACUAUCGUUUUGUACAUAUAUUAGGGCAGAGAUCGCAAAUAAACAUCUAGCAAACCUUA